CGCUCCCAGACCCCCGGGGCUGCUGCCCGGGGGAGGGGGUGGUGGCAGAGAUGCUGGAAGAAACUUCUUAAAUGACCGCGUCCGGCUGGCUGUGGAGCCGUUCGGGGUUGGGGCGAGGAAAGGAAAGUGGAAAAAAAACUGAGAACUUCCUGAUCUCUCCCGCUGUGAGACAUGUCUGAGACUCCUGCUCAGUGUAGCAUUAAGUGCUUAUCUAGAGUGUGUGUGUGCUUUCUGUCUGCCUUCCCUCAGCGGGACAGUGCUGAGCCGCCUUGGGUGUUCCUUAGGCUCCCACUAGGACCUCUGAAAAUCCUAAUGCCGCACUGCACUCCAGACCAGCAGGAACGGAUUUCAUAUACACCUCCAGAGAGCCCCGUGCCGAGUUACGCUUCCUCGACUCCACUUCAUGUUCCAGUGCCUCGAGCCCUCAGGAUGGAGGAAGACGCGAUCCGCCUGCCAGCGCACCUGCGCUUGCAGCCGGUUUACUGGAGCAGGGAUGACGUAGCCCAGUGGCUCAAAUGGGCUGAAAAUGAGUUUUCCUUAAGACCAAUCGACAGCAACACGUUUGAAAUGAAUGGCAAAGCUCUGCUGUUGCUGACCAAAGAGGACUUCCGCUACCGGUCUCCUCAUUCAGGUGAUGUGCUCUAUGAACUUCUUCAGCAUAUCCUGAAGCAGAGGAAACCCCGGAUUCUUUUUUCACCAUUCUUCCACCCUGGGAACUCUAUACACACUCAGCCGGAAGUUCUGCUGCACCAGAACCAUGAAGAAGAUAACUGUGUCCAGAGGACCCCCAGGCCGUCCGUGGAGAAUGCGCACCACAAUCCUCCCACCAUUGAACUGUUGCACCGCCCUAGGUCACCCAUCACCACGAACCACCGGCCUUCUCCCGACCCCGAGCAGCGACCCCUCCGGUCCCCCCUGGACAACAUGAUCCGCCGCCUCUCCCCAGCCGAGAGGGCCCAGGGACCGCGGCUCCACCAGGAGAACAACCACCAGGAGUCCUACCCCUUGUCAGUGUCUCCCAUGGAGAAUAAUCACUGCCCACCGUCAUCCGAGUCCCACCAGAAGCCAUCCAGCCCCCGGCAGGAGAGCACACGGGUCAUCCAGCUGAUGCCCAGCCCCAUCAUGCACCCCUUGAUCCUGAACCCCCGGCACUCCGUGGAUUUCAAACAGUCCAGACUCUCCGAGGACGGGCUGCACCGGGAAGGGAAACCCAUCAAUCUCUCGCAUCGGGAAGACCUGGCCUACAUGAACCACAUCAUGGUCUCUGUGUCCCCUCCUGAGGAGCACGCCAUGCCCAUUGGGAGAAUAGCAGACUGCAGACUGCUGUGGGAUUACGUCUAUCAGCUGCUUUCUGACAGCCGGUACGAAAACUUCAUCCGAUGGGAGGACAAAGAAUCCAAAAUAUUCCGGAUAGUGGAUCCCAAUGGACUGGCUCGACUGUGGGGAAACCACAAGAACAGAACCAACAUGACCUAUGAGAAAAUGUCCAGAGCCCUGCGCCACUACUACAAACUCAACAUUAUCAGGAAGGAGCCAGGACAAAGGCUGUUGUUCAGGUUUAUGAAGACCCCGGAUGAAAUUAUGAGUGGUCGAACAGACCGGCUGGAACACCUUGAAUCCCAGGAAUUAGAUGAACAAAUAUACCAAGAAGAUGAAUGCUGAGGGACGUAUGCCUCCCCACCUCAGUGGGCCAGCAGCCAGGGGGGCCUUCGCCCAAGUAGGACUGCCGCCAGCUUGACGCAGCAGGCAAGCUGAAGAGGUGGCAAAGGAAGAGACCCAGAAAUGGCAGGGACACUCCUCUUGCAGACCAAGAGGGACCCCAUUGCACCUUAGACAAACCACCCAGCAGAGGCGGGGCUGGGACGCCAGCCUGGGACUCCAUGUUGUCACAUGUCUCCUCGUUUGCAACCUCUCCCUCUGGAAUUCCUUCCCACCCCUUUCCAUCAUUUGUUAGUUUCAUGGUGUUUGUUUUUUUUUUUUAACAUUCAAUUUGAUUUUUCAUCGUUCAUACAGGGGAAGACAUGUGAUGUUUUCCUAUGGAAAUAUAUAACUAUUAUGUAUGUAUAUCUUUUUUUCCAAGUCUCACAAAAUACAGCAAACCCAACUGGUCAGGGAAAAAGUAUUUGUACACAGGUGCAGAAAUGCGGAUGUGUGUUGCUCUUGCAGUUGGGUCUUGGUUGAGGGAAAAAG